AUGCGUUGCUUCGUACUGUUCAUCUCAUUUUUCAUUCUUCUUCAUGUUCAACAAUCCACACAGGACGACUUGAGGUAUAUCAAACACAAAUUAUCGUGGAUAAAAAAAAGAUUAACUCGAAAUGCAGGAAACAUCAAUAGUAAAAUGUCACCUGACGGGUUGUCCAUUGAUAAAUAUAUUGCUUGCAGAAGAAAAGAAAUGGAAGGGCGAAGUGGAGUUACACUUAUGAAAUAUCUGGUGGAAACUAUUCAGACAGAAGAGAAGAAUUUCGGAUUUAUUCCUGCUGACAUAGCGAAAAUGAAGCAGUGCUUUCAGAAUAAGACAAAGAAAUAUGAAGGUGAGUGUUAACUACUGUGUAAACACAUUUAACUCACUGUUGCACAGUGAUUCUCCUUGGUUGUUUCACUGUUAAGAUAAGUUGUCAUCAAAGACACGGCUGCUUCGUCAACACUGAAGCGUAUCUUUAUUAAUUCUGAAUGAGUUCAGUAAUGACAAUUACAACGCGAACAACAAUACCAAGUUACUCAUAUCUCCUCAGUUGUUUGAUGGGAGAGUGCUCAUCUGCCAAUUUGAAGGCCCAGUUUCAGUUCCUGGACAACGUGUGCUUAAACCUUGUCUAGCAUACUAGUCGAUAGUGAGUCCGGAAAAGAGGAGAAUUUGUACCAGGUGCUAGUGAUGAUACCAUGUAAAAGCAAUACCAUCACUACUGAAACUUCAUGGCUUGCCGCCUUAUAUUCAACUUGAAACGCAGAGGAGUAAAAUAGGGAGGCUAGUUUUCCUGUGGUUUACUUCAAAUACAUUCAGAUGUGCGUUAAUGAGCCAUCAGCGUUAACAUCAUCAACACUUAAUAGUGCCACACUGUUCGAAUCUUGCCUUAGUCGAGGUUUUCAAUUUAUCUUCACUGAUAUCAUUCUUGUUCAAUUAUAUUUUCACUAUGAAUUUCUUUCCUGUUUCAUGAAAAUAGAAAUGGCCAAAACUUAUGAACGGACAAUAUGUAUGCGUGAUAAUCCGUAUGACGUUAUUCGCGAAUAACUGCAUCACUUGGAAAUUGUUAUUUCUUAUCAUCACCAAAUGACUUUUGAGAGGAAACAGUGUUGAGCGACAAGUUCUUACCUUGAAAAUAAACACAU